AUGGAUGACUUCCCCAGAAAGAAAAGAAAGAUUUCCCGCGCGGCAGACGCACAAGCCACAAGCGGUGUUGACGAACCUAAUGGAUGGAAUGGUACCUUUGUGAAGGCCUCCGACCCGUACGCGUUAAUGCGGGAUUGCAGUAGCAGUGCCCGUCUCACAGCCCAGCACUACCUAUGGAAAGACCUGCUUGGGUUUCUCGUACACCCGAAUAUUCCAACUCGAGCAUCCGACUUGCGUAUCGCUGAUAUUGCCACCGGAAAUGGCAUCUGGCUAUGUGAUUACGCCCGCAACAAGCCAGCUUCUGUUGAGCUCCAUGGCUUUGAUGUCAACCUAGACCAAGUUGGACCGAAAGCUUGGCUGCCUACCAACGUACACAUGCAUACAUGGAACAUGUUCGAAGAGCCGGAUCCACGGUUUGUUGGAUAUUUCGAUAUCGUUCACGUUAAGCUCAUCACGGUCGUGGUAAAGAAUAAUGAUCCAAGACCCAUACUUGCAAACCUGACGAAAAUGCUAAAGCCUGGCGGCCACCUUCAGUGGGACGAAGUCGACACAAUUGGCGCCUCAAUCAAAACGGUGCCAGGUGUCUCGGCAAGUAAUCUCGACACACUAUUCUCCCAGCUGAGAGGCUGCGACACUUGGAAGUAUGAGCUAAAGCAAAUCAUGAACCAUAGCGGAUACACUGGAUCCGAAUUGUAUAUUUACGAAUAUCCGCUGGGAAUGGCACGGUACUGGAAUGACGUUUACGUUAGUGCUUGGAAGGAGUUUGCUGGCAAACAGCUUCAGACACCGGAGAUAUCGCGCAAUUUGGAGCUUCAGGGAAUGAGAGAGACUAGAGAUGGUGCUGCAAUUUAUAUUCCGAAGCUAGUAUGGGUCGCGAUGAAAUUGUAA